AUGUCUGUUUUUUCAUCAGGUGUGUUUGGUGUUGAGUCAGUGAAGUCAGUGUCAGUAACAGAGGGAGAAUCAGUAAGUCUAAACUCUGAUCUUACUGAAAUACAGAGAGACGAUGAGAUAAUGUGGAAAUUUGAAAACAUUAUGAUAGCUAAAAUCUACGGGAAGGACAAUAAGAGCAGGUUUUAUGAGGAUAGUGCUGAUGGGAGAUUCAGAGACAGACUGAAGCUUGAUCAUCAGACUGGAUCUCUGAGCAUCACAAACACCAGAACCACAGACUCUGGACUUUAUAAAGUCACCAGCAAAAGCUCAGGGACCCCACUCAACAUCUUCAGUCUUACUGUCUAUGCUCAUCUGCCUGUUCCCGUCAUCACCAGAGACUCCUCACAAAAUUCUUCUUCAUCAUCAUCAUCAUCAUCAUCAUAUUGUUCAUUGGUGUGUUCAGUGGUGAAUGUGGGUUAUGUGACUCUCUCCUGGUACAAAGGAAACAGUUUAUUGUCCAGCAUCAGUGUGUCUGAUCUCAACAGAAGUCUUUCUUUACAUCUGGAGUGUCUGGAUGAUUCCUACAGCUGUGUGGUGAACAAUCCCAUCAGCAACCAGACACAGCAUCUUAACAACACUGAACUCUGUCAGCCAUGUUCAGGUACUUCUGUGAUAAUAUUUAAUGUUUAUGUACACACUCACUCACACUAA